ACGGGAGCAGCCGCCACCAUGUUGUGCGGGGGGACCUCGGCGGCCCGGCCCGCCACAAACGAGACGCAGCAGAUGGCGGAUGAGCUAGGGUGUGUCAAGCCAGUGGAGAAGGAUGAAAGACGAUCUCCAGCUUCUUACGCUCUUUGUCAUCGUCUGGGUUUGCUCCCCUGGCUGCAGCAGUUUCUAAAUACGUACAGAGCACCCAAAGGCACAGCAGUCAUUGAAAUUAAUGUUUAGCUUGUAGAAUCUGAUGAUUCUGCGUUUAAAAAAAGAGGGAUGUGCGUCUCCUAAGCGCCAACCUGAGUUUGCAGUAAUGAGUACAUUAUCAAGAAUUGCUGAGAGAGUCCCAGAUACUGUUUUGACCUGAAAGGGCCUACGUGUCAUGUUAAAGAUAAUGCAGGUGAAACCUCAGCUAGAAGAAAAAGAAGGGAAAAAGUUUGAUGUCUUCACUGCAGUGGAGUUUAAAACUCAGGUGGUUGCUGGAACAAACUACUUCAUCAAGGUCCAUGUUGGCAAUGAUGAGUUCAUGCACCUGCGGGUGUUCAGAAGCCUUCCUCACGAGAAUAAGCCGCUGAGUCUCCACAGUUACCAAAGCAGCAAGACCAAGCAUGAUGAACUGGCUUUUUUCUAGCAAGUUUAUCUUGUGUGUUUUCCUAAUGGUUUCUUAUGUGCAUUUUCUAUAGGCUGCAAAAUGUUGAUUCCUGCGCCAAUGAAGGAGAAAGGAAAGUGUCUUGUUUUAUACUUAACGCUGGAAAAAAUCAUUUUCUCUUAUGCCAUUCCCUUCCUGUGCAAAAUCUAAAUUUUUGAGUCGCACAGCUCUCUUUUCACCUAUACUAAUGCAAACCCAAGUAGCUGCACUGACUUCAGUGCAACUUAACCGGAAUAUUGUGACUGAGUCCUGUUAGUGGACUUCCUUGGGCUGGAAAUUGAAAGGGGAGUGAUACUCAUGUAUUUGCAGCAAGGAACAAGAGAAAAACCAGAAUCUUUUCUGUGCUGUUUUGCAAUUGUGAAUAUAUCUGUAGAUGUAAAUUGUACUCUGUAUUUUAUUGGCAAAGACCUGAAGAGAGACUUGAGCUGAAGCAAUUUUGAAAGCAAGGGGAUGGGGAGGAUUAUAGUCCUUUGAAACAAACAUUGCCUUGGUAAUCAUGUUUAUCCUCUUGCAGCAGUAGGGUGUAAUGUCCAGUAGAGGGUGUAUGAGUUUAAAAAAAAAAAAGAAAACAACUUGAUUAUUUUCUCAGUCCUAAGGAAGAAGUCUGGGAAAGGAAUUUAAGCUGGACAAGCGUUUCUGCAUUAAUAAUAAUAAAUAUUUCUCUUUAAUUGAGAUGGCAUAUUUGA